AUGUCCAACGGGCUCAAAAAUCCCUUCAUUGAUAAUACUCCCAGCUCGUCGCCAGUCAAGCCGAGAAGUAAAAGUGGUAAACGUGUGUCCAAACAGGAUGGCUCCUCCUCUUCCUCCCUGUCGUCUGCGCAGUCCUCGCCCAUCAGAAGACCGCGCUUGAACCAUGUAGGAUACACUGAUAGGUAUAUGCCCAAUAGAACCGAUAUGGACUUGAGAUCGAUGAUAUCGGUAGGCUCUUCAAACUUCCCUGGACUUCAACCCUCCAACUCUGAUAACCAACUAGAGUUUCGCAAAGAACAAGAGGCAUAUGAAACGUUUGAUGCUGUUUUGAAGAAUGAACUGUUCGGCGAGAAACUAAGUAAAAGCUCGAAUGAGGUUGAAGACAGCAUAGAAAGAAUAAAGUAUUCUUCCUCGGUUUCGUAUCAAGAGCCGACGACGCCGCCAAGAUCUCAUGCUGGUAGCUCUGAGAGGGAAUCUUUAAUUUCCCCUACGCAAUCUAGCCCGGCAACACCGCGACGGCUUAUUUUCGAGCACCACCACAGGCCGAGCACCUCUUCAGUAAGGGGUGCCAGUCUACUUACUUACUGUGAAAAAAAGGCCUCUAGACCCUCUACAGCUUCACUAUUACAAAGUCAAUAUUCAAGCUCAGCAUCGCCGGUACGACCUGAUUCGGAGAAACUACUACUGCAACCCAGCAAAAAAAUUCGACAAAUCGCCAAAAUUCCAUAUAGGGUGCUUGAUGCCCCCUCACUGGCAGACGAUUUUUAUUACGAUCUGAUAGACUGGUCCAGCACAGAUAUCCUUGCCGUAGCUCUGGGAAAAUCAAUUUUUUUAACAGACAACAAAACAAAUGAUGUGGCACAAUUAGCAAGUACCGACGACGAAUACACCAGCCUGAGCUGGGUGGGAGCAGGCUCUCACCUCGCUGUUGGACAGCUUAACGGUCUUGUCAAGAUAUUUGACGUGGAGAAAAAGAAAUGUAUUAGGACAAUACCAGGCCAUAUAGAUCGAGUGGCUUGUCUGUCAUGGAAUAACCAUGUCCUGAGCUCAGGGAGCCGAGACCGCAGGAUUCUGCAUCGUGAUGUGAGGACCCCUGAACCAUGUUUUGAAGAGAUCCAUUCUCAUACUCAAGAGGUUUGUGGACUGAAAUGGAACGUUGAGGAGAACAAGCUUGCCUCAGGUGGAAAUGACAACUUGGUUUUUGUUUACGAUGGAACUUGUCGUAGUCCUAGUUUGAAGCUGUCCGAACACACAGCAGCUGUCAAGGCGAUAGCAUGGUCCCCUCAUAAGCGAGGAAUCUUGGCGACAGGUGGAGGGACUGCCGACAAAAAGUUGAAAGUAUGGAACAUCAGGACUGGUACAAAAAUUCAUGACGUACAUGCGGCUUCGCAAGUGUGCAACAUGGUCUGGUCCAAGAAUACGAACGAAAUUGUUACAUCGCAUGGAUAUUCAAAGUACAAUUUGACACUUUGGGAUAGUAAUACAAUGGAUCCUCUUGCAAUUUUGAAAGGUCAUAGUUUCAGAGUGCUGCAUAUGACGUUAUCUGCAGAUGGGACAACCAUAGUCUCAGGUGCAGGCGACGAAACCCUGAGAUACUGGAAACUGUUCGAAAAAUCAAAACCGCAAUUACAACCUGCGUCUGCCUUACUCAACGCAUUUAAUCAGCUCAGAUAG